GGGCGGCCCUUCCCCGCCGACCGCUGGGCAGAGCCGGCCGAGGGGGCGGUCCCGGCGCGGCCGGAGGGAAUAAAAUCGCGGCCGGCCGCGCUCUCCCCCCGCUGGCUGCAGCAGAGCCGCGGGCAGAGCCGGCAGCGAGGCCCGGCUGGUGGCUGCGCUGUGCGGGACGUUUCUCCGCUCGCCAUGGCCGCUCCCGCGGGGCGCAGAGCCCCCCUGGCGCUGGGGCUGGCCGGGCUGGUCUUCGCCCUGUGCGGCCUUGUCCUGCUCUUCGUCCUGCCCAGCAUGGUCCGGGACCAGGUCAUCAAGAACGUGAGGAUCGAUCCCAAUAGCAUCGCCUUUAGUAUGUGGAAAGACGUUCCUGUUCCUUUUUACCUGUCAGCCUACUUCUUUGAGGUGCUGAAUCCAAAAGAGAUUCAUCUGGGAGCCAAGCCAGUGGUGAAUCAGCGUGGGCCCUAUGUUUACAGAGAAUACAGGUAUAAAACCAAUAUAACUUUCCAUGACAAUGGUACAGUUUCCUUCCUGGAAUACCGGAGAUUUUUCUUCCAGCCAGACCUGUCUGAUGGGAUGGAAGAGGAUUACAUUGUUGUGCCAAACAUCCUUGUGAUGGGCGCAGCCAUUAUGAUGGAGAAGCUACCUCACUUUUUGAAGGUGUUAAUAAGUGGCGCACUGGCUGGCUUGGGACAGGACGCUUUUAUGAACCGAACUGUGGGAGAGAUCUUGUGGGGCUAUGACGACCCGCUUAUAGACGUGCUGAACAAUUUUGUGCCCGGUUUGAUCCCUUUCAAGGGGAAGUUUGGCUUAUUUAUAGAUUUUAACAACUCGAAUACAGGACUGUUCACUGUGUAUACUGGGGCCACAGACAUCAAUCAGAUCCACAUAGUGGAUACAUGGAAUGGAUUAAAAAAGGUGAAUUACUGGCACUCCAAUGAGUGUAACAUGAUCAAUGGGACUUCUGGAGAGAUGUGGCCUCCUUUCAUGACCCCUUCCUCUUCUCUAGAGUUUUAUAGUCCUGAUGCCUGUCGAUCCAUGAAGCUAGUGUAUGAGCAGUCUGGAGUAUUUAAAGGGGUGCCGACCUAUCGCUUUGUGGCUCCGAAGACUUUAUUUGCUAACGGAACAGAUUAUCCCCCAAACGAAGGCUUCUGCCCCUGCAGGGAAUCUGGAAUCCAGAAUGUCAGCACCUGUAGAAUGAAUGCACCAGUGUUCAUAUCCCACCCACACUUCUACGAUGCUGACCCUGUCUUGGUGGAAGCUGUCGAUGGAUUACAUCCCAAUAAGGAGCAGCAUGGGCUCUUCCUUGACGUUCAUCCGGUCACGGGAAUUCCAAUGAACUGCUCCAUCAAGCUGCAACUGAGUCUGUAUAUAAAGAAGGUCUCUGGCAUAAGUCAAACAGGACAGAUCAAGCCGGUUGUCUUGCCUAUACUUUGGUUUGCAGAGAGCGGGGCCAUUGAAGGUUCAGUCUUAAAGCAGUUCUACACCAACCUGGUACUGAUCCCAUCUGUGCUGGAGUAUGUGCAAUAUAUCUGCAUCGGUCUGGGUGUCGCUUUGAUUGUUGCUGCCAUUGUACUGGAGGUAAAGAGACAGAGAAACGCCCGAGAGAAGAGCCCACAACAGCCAGACCCACAGACUGAACCAUCUUGGUCUUCAGAAACAACACCACUCCUUCAAGACGCUAGUAAAACAAACCAGAACGAUGCUGCUGAAGCCUGAAGUGCCAGUCUUACAGGAGGGUGAUUCCCACUGGUACCCGUGACUGUGCUUAGGGAUCAGACUCACUCUGGGUCCAUUGGCAGAAUCCUAGAAAGGAGAUGCAGAGUUGGGUAAAAUAACUGAUUCUGAACAAUCUUGAGCGAGGCACAAAAUACUCUCCGAGGCUAUUGAACUGUAUUGCCACAGCUCAGACUUCCUGCACCAAGACAUGAGAUGAGGAUAAAACCAGUUCAGUCCUAGCUUUUGAAAUACAAAAUAUUCAACAUUUGUUGGCCUGGGGCUGGCAUGGGCUGAGACCUCUCACCUGCUACUUCCAGCCUGGCAGGGAUGAAGAAUACCUGCUGGCUAAUCCCCUGCAGAGUCCUUUCCUCUACCCAUAUGUCUUUCCACCUAGAAGAUGAGAAUCCUAAAAGAAAUAGGCACUUUAAUAGCUAAUCCUGUAAAGCAAACAAGGCUUACAUGUGGUGUAGAAAUGACUGGUUUAAUAUAGGAAAAUGUCUGUAUUUAACAACUUGGGCUGCUCAAGGCUUAUGGAGAGGUGUUUACUAAAUAGAUCUACACUGGCUGACGUUCACGCCGAUCUGGGGGGGAUGGGUUCACUUGCUCAAGUUCACUGAGUGAGUGGAAAUCUGUUCUCACAUGCCACACAUCUUAAGAGACAUAUGCUGCCAACUUUUUUAAUAGACCAGUAUUAGGCUAGGCAGCCAUGUACGGGUGUAAGAUUCAAGGUUGUGAUUGCAGUUUUGGAGGGGUGCUGCUCUAGACUGAAGGCUCAUUCAUCACUACUUUAAAGUGUAGUGGGUUUUUCCAAAAUGAGCAACUUGGUUUAUCUGGCUAGUUGGUUCCCAAGUGCCAUUGUUUAGACACAAGGCAGUGGCUCUCAUUUGAUGUUUUGCCAAAGCAAUAUUUAGCUCCCUGGCUAUCCUGCCUGUACUUCUGUGGUGCACUCAUGCAGAAGCCACUGACUUCUUUUAACUUGUAUGGUGACCACUUACUCUUUACAAGUCUUUAGUUUUUCCCUGGAUUUCAAAUUAAGCAGAGCUCUUCUACCUACACAGAGCCAACCAGGUGCAUUGCAUUGUUCCACACAUGACAUCAGACUAACAGAAUAAUGAGAAAUGUCUUUAAGCAUGACACUGUAAAAUGUCACCAUGGGUAAGAGCUAUUCUGCAGUGACACUUAAGGAUGGGAACUGAAAAUUAGCUGAUAGAAUGAGAGGCAGGUCACACUCCAGCCAAGAAGAUCUGGGGCCUGUUUUGUAACAGCAGAGUGAAAAUAGUCAUUCUGUAGGUAACGUGUUCCCUGUAGCUUUCCACCCUGUAAAGCCUUUGCCACGUCAGGCAAUUCCAUAAUUCUUAGUGGGUGGCUCUGAGGGCGCCUUAGAUGCUGCAGACCAGCAACAGCUGAAAUACACCCGAAUGGUAGGAAAACCACUCCUGUGGCUUAAACUUUGCGCUGGUCUUACGGCUCUUGUGCUAGUGCUGGGCGUGCCCAGCAGGUAUGGUAUAUUGAGGGACAUGUAUCGAGACACUAGCUUAGAUCUUAGACUCUUGGCAAAUCUCUCAUAGAGGUCACACACACCCCCACCUCCGAUCUCCAGCCAACUCUGCAUUCUGUCAAGCUAUAGCUGGACUUCCCUAGUGGAGCAAGUGUAUGGUAGCUUCCCUUUUUGGUGCUCUAUGGGGCUAUUACUCUUCUCUCCUACCCCCCCCCCCACCACCAUCUUUCUGUAGCUAAAGCUUUAAUACCAGUGAUGGCUGGGCCAGAAGCCUCCCUGGCGUAGCAGGCAGUACGUUGGAUUAGGAAAACUCCCCUUGCCUGUAAUACAAGGACAGUAAAGCUUGAAGGCUGAGACUAUUAAAGCAUUCGGGGCACCCGCAGAAGCCCUGGCCAAAGCAUAGUUGUUGGCCUCUGCUCGGAAUCCUGAGCCCAUCCAUGGCUGUGUUCCAUCUGUCACUUGUGGUGCUUCUAUCCUUUAAGGUGGCUUUAGGUGCCAUUUGAUGCACUGUAUCAAAUAGUGGAACUUUUAAGUGAAUCCUCUCUGGCUGCUUCAUUCCCUUAAUGGAAGGUUGUUCCCAAAGUCCCUCCUGCAUCUUGCUGCUGUGUUUUGGGGUGGAGGAGAAGGGAACCCAGGUGCUAGCUGGAUACCGACAAGUAUCCAUGUGUUAAUCAGUUAAAUCCUAGUAGUCAAAUGAUCUGUGGCCUUGUCUAAAACACCCACCCUCUUGGGCGCUGAGGCUAAGUGGAAUACAAGGCACAACCAACAGGAACAUGAGCUAGCAAUGCCUGAAUACAAGUAGCUCUAGUAGGGGUCAAGACUGUGUCCAUAAAAUGGAUUCUGAAAUCUGCCAAACACAUGUAUGUGAGUCAUUAGUUAAGACCCAGCUUUUUAUAAUCUGAUGGCAAUUACCAAAUGGGACAUUAGACAACUGGAAAACUUUCACUAUCCAAUAACCAUCAUUUGGAUUCUAGGUUGACUUGAGGGUUUUAUAGAUCUUUUAACUGUCUGCACUACUGAAGGGUGUGAGGUGCUGGUGCUGAUCACUCUCUCCUUUCUAUGGGGAAAAAUGCUACUUUAAUACAACCACUAACACUUAAAUGCUAGUAGCAGGGAAAGUUACUGAAUCUGCGUGGAGAAAGAUGGAACAUUUCUAAAGUAGCAAAUGCCCAAGAAAGGCCUGCACUUUGCACUGUGAUGUAUGUCUUACUAGUUUUGAACAGACUCUUCCCGUCCUUAGCACUUAGGAAAAAAUGAAACUUCUUUCAAGAAUACAUCUAAAACUGUUGUGAUAACUUUCCUCUGUCUUCAGGCCAAAUUGUACGCUGAGGAACUGAAAGGUUUUAGAGUGUAAUCACCCAGGUCCAACUGCUUAAGAGCAAAAUAAAAUGUUCCCAACUCAAA